AUGGCCGAGCCCACCUUUAGCCCGCCAAUUGGCGACGCGAAGCUCCAGGACGAGGUUGAUGAGAUCCAUCAUCCUUCAUCCAAUGGACUCGCCAACCAGGAAGAGGGGAAUGUCCGGGAGGGUGAUUAUGACGCUGAAACGGUCGAGCGUGUGUACCGGAAGAUUGAUCGCCGCAUCAUUCCAGCUUUUUGGGUCCUCUACUUCCUCUGCUCGGCCAUCAGGUCCAACAUCGGCAUUGCCCAGACCAUGAACAAGGACGUCGGCCACGACCUGAUGACCGUCCUCGGGAUGACGGCCAAGGAUACGUCUACCGCCCUCGCCCUCUUCUACGUCGCAUAUGUCAUCUUCGACUGCCCUUCCAACCUUGUCAUGAGCAAGCUCAGUCCCCGCCUCUGGAUGGCUCGAAUCGUCUUCGCUACGGGUCUUGUCGGCACCUGCUUCGCCGCUGUCCAGGAUGCGUGGAGUGUCAAGUUUCUUCGAUUCCUUCUCGGCGUUGUGAUUGCUGGCAUGUGGCCCGGCAUGGCCUUCUACCUCACUCUCUUCUACCCGCCUACCCGUACCGCUAAGCGUAUCGGCAUGUAUUUUACUGCCGCUCAAGUCUCCGCGGCUGUGGUUGGGCUUGUGUCUGCUGGCUUCCAGAAAAUGGAUGGCUUGGGUGGUCUCGUUGGUUUCCGUUGGAUGUUCCUUAUCUACGGCCUUGUUGCUAUUGUCCUGAGCGUCACCCUUCUCUGGUGGCUCCCUGACAGACCUCUGGCUCCUGGUCAGGUCAGAGACAACACCGGCAUCUUCAAGUUUCUUCCGGCUACCCCCGAGGUCCUGACUGGUCAAGAUGCUGUCAUCCAUUACCAUGACCUUAGACGUGUCUACCACGCCCGACCUUGGACUAUGAGGGAUCUGGGUCUCGUCUUGGUUGACUGGCGCCUGUGGCCCUUGACUAUGAUGUACUUUGGCGUUGUCGGUGUGGGUAUUGGCACUCAGCUGUACGGAUCGGUUAUCAUCGCGUCCAUCCAGCCCGAGGCUAGUGGCAUUGAAGUCAGCUUGCUCUUCGCUCCCAUCUGGAUCAUGGAUCUCAUCGCCAUUUUGAUCGUCACCCCCAUCUCGGAUCGCUUCCACAAGUCGCGCCCUUAUUUCUUCUCGGGAGCUGUCUGCAUCCAGAUUUGCGGUCUUCUGACCACCACACUGGCGACCAACAACGGCUGGGCUCGAUACGGUGGCCUUCUCAUGGUGGGAUUCGGCCUCGGUCCUACUGUCCCCAUUUGCAUGGCCUGGAGCACUGAGAUCUUCCAGAAGCGUCACGGAGAGGUCGGUGUUGCGGCUUCCACUGCCCUCGUCUCUGGCCUGGGCAACCUUGGUAGCGUCAUGACCACGUACGCCUUGUAUACCGGUUGGCCUGAGGACGCUGCUGCGGGCCCUCACCAGUACCGCAAGAGCAACUACACCAUGAUCGGAAUCCUCUGCAUGAGCAUCUUGAGUUCCUUCCUAAUGAAGGCUCUCCUGAAGAUCUUUGGCAAUCCUCCCAGCAGCAAGUUCCAGGACGACUCAGCCAGCGACUUUGAGGAUGGCGCGGCUAGACGAGAGGGUCAGCAACGUGGUUUCGGCUCGAGCCUUCCUUGGAAGCGAGGCAACCGGAACUAA